CUUUUCCGAGCCGCCUUCUCGGAUGAGCGGACGUUGGCUUUACGGGACCUGGUGGAGAUGUGGCCCUUCCCCGUCCUCAGUUUCCAGCGCCUUUUGGGUCACUGUCGCUGUGGUCCUCACACCCUCCUGGGAGAAAAACCCAGCAAGUUGUGCGUGCAGACUGUCAUCCUCGCCGUCGUGGCGCAUCUCUGCCGGGCUUUGGAGGAGCCCUGUCGUGACGUGAGUGAGAACCGGUGCCGCCUGCGACUGCUGGACAUGACGGGUCUCCAGGACGAUGACACCGAUCGCGGCCCGCAGUGGAUGAGCUUGUGGUCCGGCACGGUGGCGUUGGCCAAAGCCUGCAUCGAGGUCUCCAAACAUCAAAACGAGUGCCUGAAACGCGGCUCCAAGCGGCAUAAAGGUCCUUCCGGCGCUUCCGCUGCCCGGCAAACCAUCGGCGUGGAAGUCCGCGCCGAUCUCUUCGUCAACGGCACGUCCUUCGGUGUCCUGCGAGACGCCCUUCAGACCGCCGCCGCCGGUCCCCUACGUCUCAAAUGCCGCGAUUUCCACGCCGAGGAGCUCUCCGUCGCCGGCACCGUGAGUUUACUGGAAUUGUUGGAACCCGCCGGCGUACGGCGGGUGGAUCUACGUUUCAACAACCUUGGGCUGGCCGGUCUCUGCGCCGUUUUGCCGCACCUCGCCAGAUUUACCGAUCUCCUCAGCCUCAAGCUGCCUUACAGCAACGUCAACGUGCGGCGGCUCGCGGCGGGGGCGGACGUCGGCUUUCGGCGCCUCGCCGCCCAGUUGGGGAAGCUGCCCUGCCUGAAGGAGCUCAAUUUGGGUUCCUCCAGGCUUUCGGGGAAACUGGGGCAACUUUUGGGCGACCUGCAGGUUCCACUGGAAAGUCUGGAGUUGGCCUUCUGCUACCUCCUUCCCGGCGACAUCGCUUUCCUUUCCCAAAGCCCCCACGCUCCGACGCUGAAGAAAUUGGAUCUGAGCGGUCACGAUAUCUCCGAGAACUUUCUCCCGCCCCUCCGACGUCUCCUGGAAGAGACUUCAACCUCUCUCCUCCACUUGGACCUCAUGGAAUGUCACCUGACGGACUCUCGGUUGGAUGCUCUGCUACCGGCGCUCUGCCGGUGCUCCCGGCUCCGGUGCUUGGGACUUUUCGGCAAUCCCCUCUCCACGUCUGGACUCAAAACCUUGUUACGGCGAACCGUGGUUCUCCCGGAUUUACGUUUGGUUAUUUACCCUUACCCCGUGGACUGCUACGUGCCCCAACCCCUCCGACCGUCCUCCGGUUGGCUUUCGGAAGACGCGGUGGACGAAGAACGUUUCGCCGCCCUCAGCGCCGAACUGUGCCGUAUGCUGGUGAGUUCCGGCAGAGCCAACGCCGUCUGGACCGCCAGUUUCUGCCGCCACGGCGCUCUCGACUACUUCACCUUGUAG